GCGAGGCCGGACGCAGCCUGGGAGACAGUGUGAACCCGCAAUGUCCUCCACAAUGAUCCUGUUGGCCGUAUGGGUUGGAACCUUGACCUUUUCUGAAGCACUGCCUAUUAAGAACGCCACCACUGCAGUCCAAGAGGCGAAGGUGAGACUGAAAAGAAAAUAUACAGGGGAAUAUUCGGAAAUGGACUACAUGAAUGCAAUGGACAAGAUAUUGCAAGCCAAUAACAGGCUGCGGCCUCCCAGAGGAAUGAGUUUUAGGGAGGGGGACAUCGCCAACUCAUACAUGAGGAGUGCCAUCACCUGUCCCGGCAACGCCUGCCUGUGGCCCAAAUCCGUCGACGGAUUUGUUUACGUUCCAUACAUCGUCUCUCCCCUCUACGACAAUAUGGACAGAAUCACCAUAGAAACCGGCAUGCAGGACAUCUCCGUAGACACGUGUGUCAAAUUUGUUCCACGGACGCACGAAGGAAGCUUCCUUGACAUUCAGCCUCGAUAUGGGUGCUGGUCCUACCUGGGCCAGACCGGAGGCAGCCAGGUGCUCUCCCUGCAGUCCCCCGGGUGCAUGUGGUCCGGGGUGGCGUCCCAUGAGCUCAUGCACGCGCUCGGGUUUGUGCACGAGCAGUCCCGCUCGGACCGGGACCACUACGUCACCAUCAUGUGGAAGAACAUCCUGCCAGACCGCAUUCAUAACUUCCAGAAACAAGCAACGAACAACCUGAACACUGCAUAUGACUACAGCUCGGUCAUGCAUUAUGGAAGAUAUGCUUUCUCUGGAGAUGGUGGUCCUACUAUUGUCCCUAAGCCGAAUCCUUACAUUCCCAUUGGCCAGCGAGAUGGACCAAGUCUACUGGAUCUUCACAAGAUUAACACACUAUACAACUGCUAACCAGCCAUUAUAACCUUUAAUGGGACUAAUAUGAUAACUGCAACGUGCUUCAUUCUCCACUGAACAAAUCAUACUGGAGUCUUCUGGUAGGGUCAAAUCAAAUGGUAGUCGUAUCUAGGGCAGAAAAAGGAAAAAUAAUAAAAUAACUUCUUUCUUCUAGUUAAAAGUUGAAAUAAUCGUUAUGAUGUAUGCAUGGCAGGCUCCUCUGAUUAAUAAAGUGAAUCUCUCUCUAUCUUUA